CUGCCCUGAGGGUGGCACAACCCCUCCCCGCAUCCUCCACGACCCUGAGUCCCCACCCCACCUGUUGUCACAGCCCCCCCGUAGGGCACCCCCAGGACCAUGAUCUCUCCGAAGGACAAGGCCAAGGCUCCCAAGGACAGCAUGACGCUCCUGCCCUGCUUCUACUUCGUGGAGCUGCCCAUCGUGGCCUCCUCCAUCGUGACGCUGUACUUUCUGGAGCUCACCGACCUCUUCAAGCCGGCCAAGGUGGGCUUCCAGUGCCACGACCGCGCGCUCUCCAUGCCCUACGUGGAGAGCAGCGAGGAGCUCAUCCCAUUGCUCAUGCUGCUCAGCCUCGCCUUCGCUGCCCCUGCCGCCUCGAUCAUGCUCGGGGAAGGUCUGGUGUACUGCCUGCAGUCUCGGCUGAAGGGCCGCACCGGCACCGAGGGCAGCAUCAACGCUGGUGGCUGCAACUUCAACUCCUUCCUGCGCCGCACCGUAAGGUUUGUGGGUGUCCACGUCUUCGGGCUCUGCGCCACUGCGCUGGUGACCGAUGUCAUCCAGUUGGCCACUGGCUACCAUGCGCCCUUCUUCCUGACCGUCUGCAAGCCCAACUACACGCUGCUGGGCACGCCCUGCGAUGCCAACCCCUACAUCACACAGGAUAUCUGUGCUGGCACCGACAAGCACGCCAUCCUAUCUGCCAGGAAGACUUUCCCAUCCCAGCACGCCACGCUGUCCGCCUUCGCCGCUGUCUAUGUGUCGAUGUACUUCAACUCCACCAUCUCGGACAGCACCAAGCUCCUGAAGCCCAUCCUGGUCUUCGCCUUCGCCAUCGCCGCCGGCAUCUGCGGGCUGACGCAGAUCACGCAGUACCGCAGCCAUCCCACUGAUGUCUACGUGGGCUUCCUCAUCGGCGCCGGCAUCGCCGCGUACCUGGCGUACCAUGCAGUGGGCAACUUCCGUGCCCCCGCUGAGAGGAUCCCGAUGCCAGCUCCAGCCAAGGAUGCUCUCCGGGUGUUGACGCAGCGCGGCCACGACGCCGUGUACCAGCAGAACAAAUCAGUGAGCACUGACGAACUGACCCCACGCCUGGAGGAGGAGGAGGCGGCCGUGCGCCCGGUGCCACGCGACAAGAACUCUUUGGGCAGCCUGAAACGCGCCAGCGUGGACGUGGAUCUGCUGGCACCGCGCAGCCCCAUGGCCAAGGAGAACAUGGUGACCUUCAGCAACACGCUGCCCCGCGUCAGCACGCCUUCCAUGGAGGACGCCGCGCGUCGGCACAUGACCAUCCACGUGCCGCUGGACGCCUCGCGCUCCAAGCAGCUCAUCUCCGAGUGGAAGCAGAAGGCGAUGGAGGGUCGCGGGGCGGACGAGGUGGAGGAGGAGGUGCCCCCGGCGCUGUACCCCACGGUUCAGGCUCGCCCCGAGCGCACGGCGUUGGGUCCCAGGGUUCUCCUCCCACCCCGUCCCGGCGCAGCGCCGUUGGUGCACAUCCCCGAGGAGAGCGCGGCGGGCGGCGGCGGGGCCGUGCGGGCCAAGUGGGUGAUGGUGGCUGAGAAAAGCGCGCCUCGCACCGCCAACCCCCGUCUGAUGCAGGUGAUCGCCAUGUCCAAACCGCAGAGCGCGGCUCCCAGCACCCCCAAGCAUUCGGAAACCUCCUCGUCCUCCACCAGCUCCGACUCCUCGCAGUACCGCUCGCCCUCGGAACGCGACAGCUCCAGCAUCGUCACCAUCGACGCUCACGCCCCUCACCACCCCGUGGUGCAUCUCAACGCCGGGAACGGGCCCUGGGAGUGGAAGGCGGCCCCGAAAGGUGCCGAGGAUGGCUACGAGCUGGGCGAGGUGGGGAAGGAGUUUCGUGCCUUCCACCAGGCCAAGAGCGCCGGCGUUUCGCCCGGCUCCUCGCUGAGCGACGUGGAGCAGGAAGAGCCGCGGUACGGCAGCCUGGCGGCCAUCCGAUGGGGCAGCGGGGGGCGCGGAGAGGGGGGGAUGGUGGGGUUGAGGGGGCUGCUGGGUGCUGCCAGCCGUGAGGCCACGCUGCGCAGGAAGGCGGCUGAGCGCGACGUGCUCACGGACUGCGAUGUGCAGGGAUCCCAGCAGGGAUGA